GAAUGGACCAGUACAGUUGACGAAGGGGAUGCGGUGGAUGUUAUUUAUCUCGACUUCGCGAAAGCAUUUAAUCGAGUGAAUCACAAAAUUUUGUUGCAAAAGCUCUACAAUUAUGGCGUUCGAGAUUUCGCAUUUGAGUGGAUCAAAGCAUUCCUCGAUCAACGAAUCAUAUCAGUUCGUGUUUCUGAUUCUGUAUCCGGACCCAUCGAAGCCACCCGCGGUGUUCCACAAGGGUCCGUACUCGGUCCCCGGCUGUUAUUCGCCUUCGUAAAUGAUCUACCGAAAGUGUUGGGUUCAAAAACAUUACUGUUCGGAGAUGACGCCAAGAUCUGGAACACGGUAACAGAACCAGAGGGCUCUCAAACACUUCAGGAAUCACUCAACGCAGCUUAUCAAUGGUCUAAGACGACCAUGUCCCUUUCUGUAUAUUUGAUGGCUCAUGGAUUACGUAGUCUCUUCAAUAUGCUGAAUGCUCUCAAACGCCGUGAACUAGAUCAACGGGCAUGUGAACUGGCUAAGGCUGAGGAGGAUUGUCGCCGGGCGAUCAAUAUGGCGGUCCAACGUUUCAACGAUGCACUUCGAUUGGAACAAGAGCAACGUAGAAUUCGGAAAGCCAAACAGGAACAAGAUGAUAAUAUGACGGAGAUCUGUAAUGCAAUUUACAGUGAUAUGCUUACUGAGAACCCGGCUCAGGCAAUCUCGGCUUUCGGUCCACAUCGGGUCGUCCCAGACAGAUUUAAGGGAAUGUCUAAGGAACAGUUGGCAGAAAUCUACAAAGAACAACAGGAGCAGAUCAGGGAAAGAGAGCGUUUGAGAUUGGAAGAAAAAUUGCGCGAUGUCGAAUUCGAUCAGCAACGGGUGAAAACGGCCAAACUCGGUCUGUUGUUGGAGCGCGAAAUUGAGCGAUCUGCGCGCGAAAUUCAAAAGCGACUAGCCGACGAGAACUUGAAAAUGGCCGGAGAUCAGAAAGCUUUCAAAGAAUACUUAGAUCACGAGCCUGGCGUGAACAUGGUACUCCGUAAUACAGCCGUAAGCUGCACUACUCUAUUGGAUCCCCGUCAACAGUCGCUGGUGUGCGAUGCGGCUCCAACGAUUGAUCAGUAUCUGAAAGACAAGCCACAACAAAAGUACAGAAAACCACAACAACUUCGAUUGGCAAAUAAACGUUUAUCUGGCCCAGCCGUUCGUACCCGUUUUGAAUCAGAACUAGGGCAAGAGCUAAACGCAGUGCGGCCUGGUAGUGUAGAUGAACAAUGGGAUCAGAUUAGAUAA